AUCGUCAAGCAUCUAACUAAUUUUAAAGUUGUUUGGGCAGCUUUGCAAUCCAACAUUGUUGAAGUCCUCAGCUGCUUCUACACCUGAAAAUCCCGAGGUUGUUUCCUCGAGGAAAACACUCCGACGCUCAAGUCAGCAAUCCUCAAUAUUCUAGAGAGAGAUGCUCUCAAAGAGUAAUUGCAGAGAGAGAAACGUAGAGAUUAAUUACCUUCAUCGGAGCGAGCUGAAGUGGUUCACAACAGAUGAGCUCGCCCAGGGAAUAGCUGUGUACACAAGGUGCUAUUCGCUAUUUCAGCGAGCUCGUCAACGUCAACAGAAGCGCAGGAGAGCGCGUGACGACCUGACCCACGACUACUACCGAGGGAAAGGGGACAGACCAACCUGUGACGAACUGAAUUUUGGGGAAAAUUGUGAACGAAUUGUCAUAGUUGUGCCGACCUGAACACUCCAGCGUGAAGAACAGAGCAUAAGACCCCGCACCAGACCACCAUUUUCAGGUAAAAUGGAUUCCGUUAGGGGAUUUACAGAGCUACGAGGUAACCAGGGCAAAGAUGGAGAAGAGGAGGGGGUUUUAUCAGUGGAGCCUAUCACGAUGAUAAUGCCGCCUGAGUUGCAGGACUUGCCGGAAACACUGGCGCCUGAGAGCAGCGCCAGUUCGAGCGCUAGGGACAACGGUGGCGACCACCCUAUUGCCUCGUCUAGCAGCUCGUCCUCAGAGGAGACACCCAGCCGUGAGGAAGGGACGGGGGAUGUGGUUAAUCAUGUCUCAGAUCGGCCUGUAGUUGGGGAGUGGGAAAGCAAGACAAUCGCGGGCAGGUUGAGUAAUCUGCGAAAGGCGCCCAAGGACUUGCCUGCUGGCUUUAGAUUCAGGGCGGCGCUUCACCAUAAAGUAGCGGAUAACGCGCUUUCAGUAAGCGGGUUGAAGAAACUGGAGGAUUUGAUCCCAGUGUACGUGGACCACUUUGAGGCUGGCCUGCGAUUUCCCUUGCCCGGGCUGGUAUUCAAUCUGCUGGCGGAUUAUGAACUGGCCCUGACGCAACUGACGCCCAACAGCAUAAGGUUCAUCAUAGGCUUUAUGCUGUUAUGCGCAAAGCUGGAGGUACCAGCUAAAGCAAUAGUAUUCAGGUGGCUGUUUCAGUGUCGGCUGUGCCCGAACUCCGGAGGUGCCAGGUGGUACUACCUCUCUGGGAGGGAGAAGAGCCAACUCUUCAAAAAUGUGAGGAACAAAGUGGCGAGGUGGAAGAGGCAGUUUAUUUUCGUUCAUGACACGCGAACAGAAAGGAUAAGCAAUGACCUUGCUGCUCGGCUAUCAGAAUGGCGCACGCCGAAUGCUCAUGUCAAUUACCCCCAGCUGCUGCCCCGUGAUAUAGAUAUGAAAAAUCGGCUACUUGAGUAAGCGAGGAGAGAGAACCUAAUAGAUCUAGAAGCCCUGG